GAACGCCAUUGUGAGCCGUAACGUCUGUGCUGCAGGGUUUCUGUCUGUCACUCCAGUUAUCGGAUAAAUCGUCGAUACUAAAAUGGCACAAGAAGCUGAUAUACCUACUUUCAAAUGCGUAUUAGUUGGCGAUGGUGGUACUGGAAAAACGACAUUUGUCAAACGGCACUUAACCGGCGAAUUUGAAAAAAAAUACGUCGCAACUUUGGGCGUAGAGGUACAUCCUUUGAUUUUUCACACGAAUCGAGGUGCCAUUCGAUUCAACGUUUGGGACACAGCUGGCCAAGAAAAGUUUGGUGGUCUUAGAGAUGGUUACUAUAUUCAAGGACAAUGUGCUGUCAUUAUGUUUGAUGUUACGUCAAGAGUAACGUAUAAAAAUGUACCCAACUGGCACAGAGAUUUGGUUCGAGUUUGUGAAAAUAUACCUAUCGUACUUUGUGGUAACAAGGUUGAUAUUAAGGAUAGAAAAGUAAAAGCAAAGAGCAUCGUUUUCCAUAGGAAGAAGAACCUUCAAUACUACGAUAUUAGUGCAAAAAGCAACUACAACUUUGAGAAACCUUUCCUAUGGUUGGCGCGUAAGUUGAUCGGCGACCCAAAUCUAGAAUUUGUCGCGAUGCCAGCUCUUCUUCCACCAGAAGUUACCAUGGAUCCACAAUGGCAGCAACAAAUCGAGAAAGAUCUCAAGGAAGCCCAAGAGACCGCGUUACCAGAAGAUGACGAAGAUCUCUAGUUUAUUACAUCGUGUGUAUGAUAAGAUUAGGGGCAAACCGUACACAAGCGUAUUUAGUACGUUAUGUACUUGUGUGCCUCUCCAAUAGAUCGAAGAUUCUUUCUUGAAUGGAAUUAAUGCUUGCGCGUACACACUUAUAUUUCAUAUCAUACAGUUAAUAAUGACAGAGAUAUUUCUGUGAUUUCACAGCUCUCGAGCUUUAUCUUAAAGAAACGAUACCAGGAAUUGAUGAAUACCAUUUUCUCGCACGUAAAAUGUUCGUGUGUGUGAAUAUAUUAAAUUUUCUUGUGGGUAUUGUACACGGUUCCAAGCAUAGCGUAUCUCUUUCAUCGGUUUGUUUGUACGAUUUGAUCGAUACAACGCGGUUCGAUAAAAUUUUACGUAUCGUGUCACUUAAAAAUUAAUCGACAUUCGACGUUGUGCUUAUUCCACGAUCUUUUCCGUCACUUACAUAUUAUGUAUGCGUUGGGUACGCGUAUGUUGUGCGAACUAAUGUAUUUAGCGUAUUUGAUGUAUAACUUACCGAUAAACCAGAUUGUCGGCCCACUUUAAGGCAUUGCCGUCAAAAUAGUUGAACUUUUCUUGCUAAUUUUAUUAUACCUUUUGUAUAAGGAAAUACGGCAUGUAAAUUGCCAACGUUCGAACGAGCAAACGUGGUGCUGUUUCGUUAUGAUAAAUAAGGUGAAGAAUUAAUUCUGUAAGAAAGAAUCUUUCGGUACGGUCGAAACGCUAAUGCUAGAAGUCACUGUUUACAAAGCGCGCGCCCACACCACACACACACACGUACACGUACAUGUGCACAGAAACAGAGAAACAUACGUGUAUAUCAAAUUGGGAAAACUGUCGAAGUAGUUCCAUCUUUACCAAUUGAUAAUAUAACCUUUGCUGCUACAUACAAAUACACACAAAUUACGUGACACGACGAUGGACGAAGAAAGAAAAAGUGUGGAUGCGUAGUACCAAUUGGACAAAUGGUGCAGCAAACGGUCUUUGUGAAUAAUCUAAAAUUCCCAAGCACAGUGUUGUAUUUUGAAAUAAUGUUUCGAUUGAAGCGAAGCACGAUUUGUAGUCAGUUGCGCCUGUCCACGAUCAUGAGGACUGUUUACUAUUUUUAUAAGCGAAGGUGAAUGUAUGAUUUGUUCAACUUAAAUUAUAUAAACAGUGUUUUUCUUUUCUAUACAAAAACAUUCGUUUCGUUGGGAGACAGAAAAAGCGUUGCAAACGUUCCUUUCCCAAAUUCCCUCAUUUUAUUGUUUGUCGAUUAUAACGCGGAAACACAGGAGUAAAAGUGUACAGAAAUACCAUAGCACUUAUAUGGGUGGCAAGAGAACAUAGCAGAAACAAAGAGUGCGAGAUAACUCUUACUACGUAUUUCAUUUAUUCCGCUCGAAAUAGCUUGUACCGUUGAUGUAUUGAAUUCAAUAAAUCAUUGAACUGUUUCUUAAAAUUACGACACUCGAAUCGUUUUUAUACACGUGUGUAAUACAUUUGUAUCUGCGAGAAAGAAUGAACAUUG